ACUUCCGUCACCUCUAGAGUGCACUAGGAACAAGUUGAUUUACAGUCAUAGGCGUUUUAGAGGUUAGAUCACGAUCUGACACUAUUUGUUUUUGAAGUUUUGUAUGAUAGUUGCUUCGUCGGCAAUACGGAUCGGGAAACGCAACGUCGUUAAUUAUUUCAUGGAAAUGGUAUGUGCACGUGUAUGCCUCGACGUCGAGACGUGUGCGAGCGAGGGUCGUGGUUGACCAGGCGCGCGCGUUCUACGCUGCAAGUUUCUCGCGGAAUUCUCCGUUCCACCUAGUCUUCGCAUCGCUAUCUUCUAUAUUAUGAAGAAACGUCAAAGAAGGCCGGUCCUGACGCUCAAUAAGCCGCAGGGCAACUAUCACGGCGAACACGCGCAAAGUAGGUGUAAGCCAAUAAAUAAUGUACAACCCAUGCAGAAUGAGGCCAAUAAUCCAUUGGCUAACAUGUUGUGCCAAUACAACUCCGACAGCGACACGGAAGAUCCUAAGAAAGAUACACAGAAAUUGGACGAUCAAGUCAAUGAUUUCUUUAAGGAAAUUCAACUGAUUGCCCCUGAACAACCUGUCCCGAAUGUUGCUAAUGAUUCAAGUUUAACGACUAAAGCAGUUUCACGAUCUGCACAACAUACAAGCCAACAAACAUUAUGGCAAGAAUGUUAUGACGAAUCUACUGGUUAUCCUUAUUAUUGGCAUAUCGAAACUAAUGAGGUAACAUGGGAUAUGCCAAAGGAGUUACGUUUAUUACAAAAACAAUCAGAGGUUGGACCUGCAGCAAAACAUCCUAUCCAAGGACCACAUUGGGUAGAUUUUUCAUCUAUCGCAUAUCGGCAAUCUCAAGCAAAUAUACCGGAAGGCAUGAUACCACAGGAAGUGGUAGCAAGAAAUCGUAACAGAUUCUUGCAUAAUGAAACUCUUAAGAAAUGUAAUCCGGAAAGCAAAUCGGAAAUUAAGAACGAGUCCCCGACGAAGGAUGAUGAUUCGGAUGAUGGACGGAUAGAGAUGAUAACAUCUUUUGGUAGCGAUGGAAGUGAUUCGGAAGAGGAAAAUAAUUCCUUAGACGAGAAUAAGCUGUCGACGUCUUUAUCUGAACCUGUAAAGUCUGUGUCGUAUUUAAAAAACAGCGAAAUUGGACCUGCCUUCUGUCCAACGGGAAUACAGUCGCCUACUAAAAAUUUGUUUUAUUCAUAUAAAUCUGAUUCAACUGACAUAUCAAACUCUACAAGUUAUCCUGAAGAACCUGAGGAGCGUAAAAUAACUGAAUCCGAUAGUAAGAGUAGUAUAGUUGAAGAGUUACUGACGGAAAACAAAAAUAUGAAAGAUACUAAUGCAUGUAAUACAGUUCCAAAAUUGGAUCUCAAUGUGUCUUUAGUACCUGGUUAUGGAGAUGAUUCGGAUGGAGAAGAGGAAGCUAGACCUAAGCAAGAAAUAAAGCCUUUGUUCCCAAUUGCGCAGAAUGAGGAAUACUUAAACGUAACAAACUCGUUAAAAAAUACUCAUGAUGUUUCUGUGAAAAAUUCUAGCAAUGUUCAAGGUCCCGAUCAGUGUAGCGGCAGCAACGAAGAUACGCAAGAAAUGAAGAAUGAUCCCGAAAAAACAGAGGAGAAGGACUCGAAGACAGAGGAAGAUAAAUCUAAGACAAAUAUAUUUCUGGAGGAUAUGCAAGUGUGCGGCAAAGCUUUUCAAAGAAAGAAGCGGAUAGCAUUUGAUGUUACAUCCACUAAAGUUAAACAAAGUAAUAAUACGUGUCACGAAAAUACAAUUCGAGAUGAUAACAGCAAUGACCUUAUGAGCACUGAAACUAUUUCACGCAAUGCCGAGGACGGCGAAGCAGGAGUGCAAAAUCAAUUGUGUGCAGAAAGUCAAAAGGAAUGUGAUGAAGUACAUAAAGAAACCGAACAGUGCAUUAGCAUUAAUACUGAAGAAAAGUUUAAUUUGAAAGACGAAUCGUGUGACUCAGAAAUAUCUGCCGAACAUAAAACAGUAUCGAACAUUAUUGAGGAAAAGGCUAACGAAGAGAUGAACGAUUUGUCUCAGAUUAUAACGGAGAAAUUGAGGUUUCUUUCCGAAGGAAGAGAGAGUGUCUCUGCUGUUCAAACAAUGCAAAUUCAAUUACAAGUUAGUAUUUUAUUUAUAUACAGGGUGUCCUUGUACUCAGUGCUGAAGCUGAACUGGCUUUAG